ACUUGUGCUCCGCGUCCACCAAUGAGGUCGCGCCUCGCGCACAAUGUCUCGCGACAAGGGCGUUUCGCCAGCACGUCUGGGGGCGUUGGGCGGCGUCCUGAUAUAAAAGACUCCGCCCGCUCGGGCAGCCGCCAUUCUGGAAUUCGUUUAGAGGUUUGAAUUUUCUCGGAGAAAGACAGGCCGGCCACGAGGAAAACAGAAACGAGCCGCAACAACAUCUAAGCCCUUGAAAGGAUCCAGAGGGGGGAAAGGGAAACCUGCAGCCACCAGCCCAACAACCACUUGUGUCUUCUGCCCCUGCCCAUCUAUCUUACCCACCCCACCAGCCCACGCUGCUUGGGACUUGAGAUCUGUGGCCGAAGGACCGUCACCACAUACUUCAAAAAUAAUCAACCACCCUCCCUUCCCAAACCCAACCCAAUUUAUCACUCAUCCAGCGUUUACCUUUUUUGCAUCCACUCAGAAUUUUUUUUCUACGACCCCCCUCCCUAAAUGGAGUCGGGUGGGGGGGGAAUGAAUGCUGAGUUGGCCUUUCUUUUUUAAGAGACUUUUUGAUCUAAUGAGGCCCCCUAAAUAAUUGAGUUUUGGGUCCUGGUUGGUUGUUUUAUUUUUUCUCCAAAUUUUGCCCCCUCCCCCCCUGAGCCCGAGGUGCUGACGUCGCAAAAAAAUUGGAUAAAACCAAGAUCAUGGGUUCUGGCCCCAUAGACCCCAAAGAACUUCUCAAGGGUCUGGACAGCUUCCUAACCCGAGAUGGGGAAGUCAAGAGUGUUGAUGGGAUUUCCAAGAUCUUCAGUCUGAUGAAGGAAGCACGAAAGAUGGUGAGUCGGUGCACGUACCUGAACAUCCUGCUCCAAACCCGGUCGUCUGAAAUACUAAUCAAGUUUAUUGAUGUAGGCGGCUACAAGCUUCUUAACAACUGGCUGACGUAUUCCAAGACAACCAACAACAUCCCCCUCCUGCAGCAGAUCCUGAUGACCCUCCAGCACCUGCCACUCACUGUGGACCAUCUCAAGCAGAACAACACAGCCAAGCUGGUGAAGCAGCUGAGCAAGUCGAGCGAGGAUGAAGAGCUGCGGAAGCUGGCCUCAGUGCUCGUCAGUGACUGGAUGGCCGUCAUCCGCUCCCAGAGCAGCGCACAGCCUGCCGAGAAAGAUAAAAAGAAACGCAAAGAGGAGGGGAAGAGCCGAGCCACGCCUCCUGAGCGCCCUCUGGCUGAGGUGAAGGCUGAAGCCCGGGCUGAAGAGGCACCAGAGAAGAAGAGGGAGAAGCCCAAGUCUCUGCGGACCACUGCCCCCAGUCAUGCCAAGUUCCGCUCCACUGGACUUGAGCUGGAGACGCCGUCCCUGGUGCCUGUAAAGAAGAACGCCAGCACCGUGGUGGUCUCGGACAAGUACAACCUGAAGCCCAUCCCCCUGAAGCGCCAGAGUGCCACAACUGCACCGGGAGACGUGGUCCCCCCUGCAGAGAAGAAGUACAAACCCCUCAACACGACCCCCAAUGCCACCAAGGAGAUCAAAGUGAAGAUCAUCCCGCCCCAGCCUAUGGAGGGUCUGGGCUUUCUGGAUGCUCUCAAUUCAGCCCCUGUCCCGGGCAUCAAAAUUAAGAAGAAGAAGAAGGUGCUGUCACCGACUGCUGCCAAGCCCAGCCCCUUUGAGGGGAAGACGAGCACGGAGCCCAGCACAGCCAAACCUUCAUCACCAGAGCCAGCCCCGCCUUCCGAGGCCAUGGAUGUGGACCGGCCUGGCACCCCAGUGCCGCCUGUGGAAGUCCCGGAGCUCAUGGACACAGCUUCUCUGGAGCCCGGAGCUCUGGACACACGGCCAGUGGAGAGCCCUGGGGAGCCCGGGCAGCUGACGCGGAAGGGCCGGAAACGCAAGACCGUGACGUGGCCCGAGGAGGCCAAGCUGAGGGAGUAUUUCUACUUUGAGCUGGAUGAGACAGAGCGGGUAAAUGUGAAUAAAAUCAAGGACUUCGGUGAGGCAGCCAAGAGGGAGAUACUGUCAGAUCGGCACGCGUUUGAGACGGCCCGGCGUCUGAGCCAUGACAGCAUGGAGGAGAAGGUGCCCUGGGUGUGCCCCCGGCCGCUGGCACUGCCCUCCCCGCUCGUCACUCCUGGGAGCAACAGCCAGGAGCGGUACAUUCAAGCUGAGCGGGAGAAGGGGAUCCUGCAGGAACUCUUCCUGAACAAGGAGAGCCCUCACGAGCCGGACCCCGAGCCCUAUGAGCCCAUCCCCCCGAAGCUCAUCCCCCUAGAUGAGGAGUGCUCCAUGGAUGAGACCCCCUAUGCUGAGGCACUGGAGCCCGGGGGUCCGGGCGGCUCUCCCGAUGGUGUGGCUGGCUCUAAGCUGCCUCCGGUGCUGGCCAACCUGAUGGGGAGCAUGGGUGCCGGAAAGAGUCCCCAGGGCCCUGGUGGAGGUGGCAUCAACGUGCAGGAGAUCCUCACCUCCAUCAUGGGCAGCCCCAACAGCCACCCCCCAGAGGAGCUGCUGAAGCAGCCAGACUACUCAGACAAGCUCAAGCAGAUGCUGGUGCCACACGGACUCCUUGGUCCUGGCCCCAUAGCCAACGGCUUCCCACCAGGAGGCCCUGGGGCCCCCAAGGGAAUGCAGCACUUUGCCCCCGGGCCGGGGGCUCCCAUGCCAGGUCCCCAUGGAGGGCCCGGUGGACCUGUGGGCCCGCGCCUCUUGGGUCCUCCCCCACCACCCCGUGGGGGUGACCCCUUCUGGGAUGGCCCAGGUGACCCCAUGCGAGGCGGCCCUAUGCGAGGGGGUCCAGGUCCUGGUCCUGGACCAUACCAUCGAGGCAGAGGUGGCCGCGGAGGCAAUGAGCCCCCUCCACCUCCUCCUCCAUUCCGAGGAGCCAGAGGAGGUCGAUCUGGAGCAGGCCCCCCAAAUGGACGUGGGGUUCCCGGCGGAGGCAUGGUUGGAGGCGCUGGGCAUCGGCCCCAUGAAGGCCCCAGUGGAGGCAUGGGUGGGGGCAGUGGACAUCGGCCCCAUGAAAGCCCCGGCAGUGGCAUGGGCAGUGGCAGUGGACAUCGGCCGCAUGACGGCCCUGGCAGUGGUAUGGGUGGUGGCAGUGGACAUAGACCCCACGAAGGCCCUGGACAUGGGGGACCCCACAGUCACAGGCCACAUGAUGUCCCUGGUCACCGAGGCCAUGACCACCGAGGUCCACCUCCUCACGAGCAUCGUGGCCAUGAUGGCCCUGGCCACGGAGGAGGGGGCCACCGUGGGCACGAUGGAGGCCACAGCCAUGGAGGAGACAUGUCAAAUCGUCCCGUCUGCCGACACUUUAUGAUGAAGGGCAACUGCCGCUAUGAGAACAACUGUGCCUUCUACCACCCAGGAGUCAACGGGCCCCCCUUGCCCUAGGGCCUGCCACCUGGCAUCGGCCGAGCUCCGUCACCCGUUAUGGCUUCUGUGAGGCCAAGUCCCCCGCCCCAGCUGGGGAGAAGCCGGCCAGCCCUCAGUCUCCCCUGCGUGGUCCAGCUUUCUCACCACUGGCACGUGUCUGUGUACAUAUUUCCCUCACUCCAGGGAGGUGAGACCGUCCAUGUCCUGGCUCUAGACUGCUGGCAGAGAGGCCCAGCCAGCUUCACUCUGGGCCCGCCUGGCCCUCCAUUGCCCCUCUGCCUGAGCACCUGGAGCUGGCCCCGGCUGCACGUACCCACCUGUCGGGGUCCUCACGUGCACAGACUGACGUGGGACCCAUGGCAGUCCUGGGGUCACCAUGUUCCUCUGGGGCUAGGGCACGGGAGGGUUGCUGCACAUCCUGCUGCACUGAGCGCUCUGCCAGGCUGGUGUGAGCUCCAAAACCAGCACCCCACCCCUGUGGCCACAGACGUGGGCUCUAAGCCACCCCCAGGGGAACCUGCACCUGCUAGGCUCGGUGACGGUAUCAGUCAGCGUCUAGGGCCGGACACUUCUUAGGACACUGGGAGGCCUGCUUUCCAUCAGCUCGGCACGCACUGGCGAAGGUCGUGCUGCAGACUGCCGGCAGAGCCAGCUGCUCCUCCUGUCCUCUCCCGCCCGUUGGCAUCAGUUGUUUUCUAUGAAAACAGUAAAUUGGUUGGGUUUUGUGCAGGGUCUUGGGUUAGAACCACAAUGGAUUUGAGGAUGAAUAUUUUCUUUUUCUUUUGGUUUUGUAUAUUUUGUACAUUAAUAAACAGUGGAAAGAGAAGCAGCCU